AUGUUGUCUGCCGAAGCUAUGAUCGGACUAGCUGCGCUAGUUGUCAUGUGUCUCCCUGCGCUGGGCUAUGUAUUGCGGGUCUAUUCUAGGCGAAGGUCUUCUUCGAACUCCCAAGUAGAUGUACCGGAUGUGGAGAAGGCGGAUGAGGGUCGAGAUGAAUUUAAGCUUUCUCGGCCAUCGACUUGUAAUAGCUGCUUGAUGCAGUUUGAGUCGAGCACUUAUUUCCAUGAGCUUCCUGCGUGA